CUCUACUCUGCCUAGCUAGCUCUUUCUUCCUGUGUCCCUAGUCUCAUUGAAGUCCCUUUCUCCCGUGCCCUGAACUGGCCCCCUUGUCCCAUCCUGUCCCCGCCCUGGCCCCUUUGUGCCUCCCCCUCCCUCCUUCUCCCUCCCUUCUCUACCUCUCACUGCCUCAGUUUGGUCCUCCUGUCCUUUCUGGACCCUCCGGUCUCCCUGCUGGGUCCAAGUCACCAUGCUUACCCCAAUGGUGGCUGGGGGGGUGGUGUUCCCCGGACUCUUCCUCCUAUCCAAGAACACGCUCCAGAGGCUGCCCCAGCUGCGCUGGGAGGAGGCCGACGCAGUCAUUGUCUCCGCCAGGCUGGUGUCCUCUGUCCAAGCCAUCAUGGCCUCCACGGCUGGCUACAUAGUCUCCACCUCCUGCAAGCACAUCAUUGAUGACCAGCACUGGCUGUCCUCUGCCUACACACAGUUUGCAGUUCCCUACUUCAUCUAUGACAUUUAUGCCAUGUUCCUCUGCCAUUGGCACAAGCACCAGGUUAAAGGACAUGGAGGAGAAGAUGGGACGCCCAGAGCACUGGGCAGCACCUGGGCCGUGAUACGUGGCUACCUGCACAAGGAGUUCCUCAUGGUGCUCCACCACGCAGCCAUGGUGCUGGUGUGCUUCCCGCUCUCAGUGGUGUGGAGACAGGGCAAGGGAGAUUUCUUUCUAGGCUGCAUGUUGAUGGCUGAGGUCAGCACACCCUUCGUCUGCCUGGGCAAGAUCCUCAUCCAGUACAAGCAGCAGCACACGUUGCUGCACAAGGUGAACGGGGCCCUGAUGCUGAUUAGCUUCCUGUGCUGCCGGGUGCUGCUCUUCCCUUACCUGUACUGGGCCUACGGGCGCCACGCCGGCCUGUCCCUGCUCUCCGUGCCCCUGGCCAUCCCAGCACACGUCAACCUGGGCGCUGCGCUGCUCCUCGCACCCCAGCUCUACUGGUUCUUCCUCAUUUGCCGCGGGGCCUGCCGCCUCUUCCGACCCCGAGGUUCCCCGCCACCCUCUCCUUGUCAGACCCAGGAUUGAGGCGGGGGC